UGCAUGGAACUCCUCACCCCAUAAAUUGAGGAGCUACCCACUGUCUCAGCAUCAGACAGAAAAGAAGCUUUCAAGCUCCACUUGCCUGCUUCAGCUCCAGCCACCACUUCUCAGCUGACAUGAAGAUCUCCAUGGCUGCCCUCGCCAUUCUCAUUGCCACCUUCUGCUACCAGACCUCCGCUGCACCGAUUGGCUCUGACCCACCAACCUCCUGCUGCUUCACCUACACCUCCCGGCAGCUGCCCCGCAGCUUCGUGGUGGAGUACUACGAGACCAACAGCCAGUGCUCCCAGCCGGCCGUCGUGUUUGUCACGAAGAAGGGCCGCGAAGUCUGCGCCAACCCUGAGCAGGACUGGGUCCAGCAGUAUGUGAACGAGCUGGAGCUGGACUGAGGUCCCAGGAGAGACCCUGCCACCCUGCGUCCCCGGGCUGCCGGGACCAGCGAGCCACAUCUGGCUGCGGGCUGUCAGAAAUGCUUCAACGUCAUUUAAAGCUAGCUGAGAAAUUGAAAAUGUUCCAGAACCUGACUUCAGUGGUUCACUAUUUAAUUUUUUAUAGGGGAGGGAUCAGGUGCAAUAACUUCAC